AUGAGCUCCGUUGACCCCACAUCGUACUAUGACGACCAGACCACGAACGCCACAUUUGACGUCACGCCUUUCAAAAGUCUACGCGAGAUCAACAGCACCGCGAUUAAAUUCCUGAGACAUCAAAGCCACCUGCCGAGGCUGUUGCCCAGGUACCCAUCUCUAGAAGACGGCUUUGGGUUUGAGCCGUUCAGAGCUAGCAGCUCUGCUCAGACUAUGAUCGGUGACGCCAUGAUCCUGCAGAACCUAUCCUGUACACCCACCACUUCCUUUCCUUCUGAUAACAUAUCAGUUCUAAGCGACUGUUCCCUUGGCAAUGGUACCUUUCCACCAUUGGAAAACGAUACCAACACCAUCUUGCCACCUCUGGAACUCUGGCAGACGGUUGCGGUGGCCAUCUUCUGCAGCCUGAGCAUCGUCCUGACCGUCUGUGGAAAUAUCCUGGUCAUCUUGAGCUUCAUCGUCGAGAGGGCAAUCCGGCAGCCAUCUAAUUAUUUUAUUGCCUCUCUAGCGGUCACUGAUCUGCUCAUAGGAUCUGUGUCGAUGCCCUUCUACACAGUGUAUGUCCUCAUGCAGAAGUGGACCUUGGGACCGGUGCUGUGUGAUUUGUGGUUGUCGGUUGACUACACAGUGUGUCUCGUGUCUCAAUAUACAGUGUUACUGAUCACCAUCGACAGAUUCUGUUCCGUCAAAAUAGCCGCUAGAUAUCGGAAUUGGAGAACAAGAAGAAAAGUUCUGGUGAUGGUGGCAGUGACGUGGAUUAUACCAGCAAUGUUAUUCUUUACCAGCAUAUUUGGAUGGGAGCAUUUCGUUGGUUAUAGAGCCUUAAAAGAACAUGAGUGCGCGGUGCAGUUUCUCAGAGAUCCUGUAUUCAACACAGCCUUGAUUGUCACAUAUUAUUGGGUGACACUUGUAGUCCUCAUUAUCCUAUAUGCGGGGAUCUACAAAACUGCUUACGACAUGCAUAAGAAAUCGGAAGCGAAACACCGGAAAAUGCAGACCCUCGUGGCCCUCAGUGCGGGAGGGAUGGCAGGAAUGGCCGGUAGGACUGCGGGGUUCGGCAUGGCGAAACCUCCAGGACCCUCAGAUGACAAUCCUCUGAUGAUAGCAGUGAUGGCACAUCAGGUCAACAGGAAAACAGAAGAUGGAGAGAAACAACAGAAAGAAUCGUCGUCUUGUCAAGGAUCAACAGGACUCAGUUCAUCGUCAGAAAAUAAGACAGGAGAUGAAAUCUUUUCGAUGUGCCUGAAAAAAGAUGCUGAGCGAUCGGAUCGGUCGAGUAGUCCAACAUUUGAAUCAGACGAAGACAGCAGCAGUCAGCUUGCGGCUCCUCCACCUAAAGCCAACAACACCAAAGACUCCAAAGAUGCACAGGCCCCCGCAAGGAGAACGAAUAUCAUAGCGGAUGCCUUGCCCAAAAUCCCAGAGCAAACAAUUCUAGACACGACCACUAAAACAAAUGCAAAUGCCCCGCCUCCGGUUCCUCCGAGAAAUUUUUCGGGUAAGAAAAGUGCUGGAAAAAUAGCUACUACCCCCACAUCGAGUGAACCUAUUUCACCCGUGGGAGACAUACCAAUGCAGAAACUCGGCGAUCAUGAAGCAAGUCGUAUAAUACGGACAGAUGACGUAGCUGGAAAAUCUCCGGCAUGCAUUCCCAAAAGUUUGCCUUUAAGUGACGUAGUAGCCAUAGUUCCAAUAGCCUCUUCAACACCCACGGACCUGUCUUGUCCUGUAGUGUCCUCGUGGUCCGAAUCUUCGUCUGCCGGAAAAGUCGAAGGUCCAAAAAAUUCCGCUAGUGCCCCGGUAUCACUGACGUCUUCCUGCCUAAAUCUCGCCCAUCCUGUAGCAUACGAUGUUUUGACUGGGCUCGAUUCAGGUACAUUCAAUUCCGUGGAUCGGUCUUCAGUUUUGUCCUCGGUCUCUGGAGGGCCAUCGGUCCAGUUGACGGCUGCUCAAGUGGCGCCAAAGAGCCCGAGUGUUUCUGAAAUUUCUGUUGAGUCCAAAAAGUCCUUAGCUCCUUGUAAAGAUAAUGAUAAUACAGCUACUAAUGCGGUAGAAAAGUCUAAUAGCUUUGAUUCUCUGUGUCGUAAUGUAAGUGGAAUUUCCAAUGGAAAUAAUAAACCAGUGGAAAUUCAUAGAAAUAAUAGAUGUGAUAGUUUAGACCACAAGCAAACUAGCAAAUCCAGUUCUGAAUUAUGUCCAAACCCUAAUCCUCAUAGUAACUCGUUACCUGUCACCCCUACACCAGUUACCAGCACACCAAUCCUCAGUAGCGCAAGAUGCUUCCUUAAAAGAACAAACAAGAUUCAUUUCAAUUCUGAGGAUGAGGAUCUAGAUCUAAGUUUGGACGAUGGUGACGAAACUGAUGAACUGGGAGGCAGAGAAUCGUCGGAACAUUCAACUGACGUGGUGGUCACGUCAAUCAUACACACCUGCACUGCCGUCACUAAGAUAGGUGACGGGGAAUCUCCUAAUUCACAAAUAAAAUUACCACCUCUAGUGCAUCCCCAAACUGGACGUCGAAAAUCAGGUUCCAUACAUACAGGACGUCUGUCAGUAGACAGCGGCAGAUGCAACGCUAACUCCAACGUCAGCGCCGCUGGUCAACAAUUGAAGGCAGACCAUAACUCUUCAUCUAAACUUAAUUCGGAAAAUUUAGAAAGCAUUGACACAAAAGGUUCAGGUUCCCGUAUAUCAUCCGCCUUAAACCAGCUGAUCACAACUCACAACGUCCACUCUAACAAGACCAAAACAAGCGUCGCCAGAGCAGAAUCUUCCUCGGUUGGGGAAAACGACAGAAGCUCCGUGGUGGUCGCGCCAGGAACUUCAGACACUCAGUGUUCUUUGAGAAGUUCCCUUAAGAACUCGAAGAAAAGUAUCGCCAAGUCCAUCAGGAGUUUGAAGAAAAAGAAGAAGAAGAAGGACGCGGCAGCUCAUGUACGGCAUCGCUCCAAGUCAGAGAACCGUGCAAACAAAGCUCUUCGCACAAUCUCUGUUAUUUUAGGUUGUUUUGUUGCAUGUUGGACGCCAUAUCACAUCAUCGCCAUAGCUGAGAGCUGGUGCACAUGUACAAACAUUCACUUGUUUUUGUUUUCGUAUUUCCUGUGUUAUGCCAAUAGUCCCUUGAAUCCUUUUUGUUAUGCCUUGGCUAACCACCAGUUCAAGAAAACCUUUAUAAGAAUACUCAACGGGGACUUGCAUUACACGUGAAUUAUG